UACAACACGACACCAGUACAUCCCCGACACCAGUACUCCCCGGCACCAAAACACAAGAACUCCCCCGACACCAGUACUAUCCCGACACCAGUACACCACGACACCAGUACUAUCCCGACACCAGUACACCACGACAUCAGUACUACCCCUGACACCAGUACACCACGACACAAGUACUCCCCCGACACCAGUACUCCCCGACAACAUUACUACCCCAACAACAGUGCACCACGACACCAGUACUCCUCGACACCAGUACUCCCCGACAACAUUACUACACCAACAACAGUACAACACGACACCAGUACACAACGACACCAGUACACCCCCGACACCAGUACUUCCCGACACCAGUACACCACGACAAUAGUACUCCCCGACAUCAAAACACAAGAAAUCCCCCGACACCAGUACUCCCCCGACACAAGUACUAUCCCGACACCAGUGCACCACGACACCAGUACACCCCCGACAUCAGUACUCCCCCGACAACACUACUACCCCAACAACAGUACAACACGACACCAGUACUCCACGACAUCAGUACACCAUGACACCAGUACUCCCCGACACAAGUUUUCAACGACACCAGUACUCCACGACAUCAGUACUAUCCCAACACCAUUACACCACGACACAA